CCAAUCAGGUAAUAACAGACAGAAACCCAUCGUUUCAUAAGUGGUUGCGAUCAGACAUGGUUUCAUAAACAAAACAGGCAACGAUGUCAUUGCCACAGUAAUGUUUAAUAGAGGACUGACCUCAGAAGAGACGAAAUUUAUGCCUGCUGGAAGUAAGAACCAACAUCCUCGACAGAAUGAAGAGACUGUACUUUGUCGAGCCGAUCGUCGGGAUUUACGCGUUUGCCAGUUUUAUGCUUUAUCCUCUGGUGCAGCAGUACGUGUAUCGCAGACUGUGGCUGGAAAUCACAAACUCAUCAUAUCCCGCGUCCGACGACAACACUUCCCCAUGCGCCGCCAACAACAGCAACAACACCGGCCAGCAAGAGAAGGUGCAGAAAGCAGCUUCACUGUUUUCCACGUACAGCGAGUUGUUUUCCCUGAUCCCUAGUCUUGUGGUGACCCUCCUUCUGGUGGCCUAUAGCGAUCAACGCGGGCGUAAGAUCACUAUUAUCAUGCCACUCAUUGGAUCCCUGAUCUACUCAGUUUCCUUCCUGACUGUGUCCUUCUUCGAGCUCAACGUCUACCUCCUCAUUGCUGCCAAUUUUGCAAGUUCCCUCUUCGGUGGCAUCGGAACCAUGCUAGGUGGCUGCUUCUCCUAUGUGGCCGAUCUGUGCGACAACAGCAAGCAGAAAACUCUUCGUAUGGCCGUGAUCGACAUGGUGAUCGGCAUUAUGGCAGGCAUGGCGGCCAUCUCCACGGGCUACUUUUUGAUAGCGGCUGGGUUUAACUGGCCUUUCUUUACAUCGGCCAUGUUACAGUUGCUUAACUUGCUAUAUGCCAUCUUUUUCCUGAAAGAAACAAAGGUGGUUGAUAGGUCAGAGACUGUGGCUUGUUGCCAGGCUCUGCAGAAACUCGCAUCAGGGAUAGUUAACCUGUUUGCGGGAGGAAACAGGAAAACAAGUUGGAUGCUGGUAUUAAUGAUGAUAAUGUUUUUCUCGUUUUCAUUCUCUAAUACCGGGGGUCUGUCUGUGAUCACACUUUAUGAACUCAAUAAGCCGCUUUGCUGGAGUGAGAUCCUUAUUGGCUAUGGCUCCGCGGCCUCUACCGCCGUGUUUAUCACUAGCUUUGUUGGUGUGUAUAUGUUUUCACGUUGUCUGUCUAACAUAACCAUCAUCUAUAUUGGGAUAUUGUCGGUGGUUAUAGGCCUGGUGAUGACUGCUUUCGCAAAGACUACACUCAUGAUGUUUCUGGUUAGGAUUCCUUCGAUGUUUGCCAUCAUGCCAUUUCCCGUUCUGCGUUCGAUGAUGUCAAAGGUCGUUCCAAAGUCCGAGCAGGGUGCGCUCUUUGCCUGUGUGGCUUUUAUUGAAAACCUGACCAGCACUGUGGCAUCCGCAGCUUUUAGCAGCAUCUAUGCGGCCACUGUGAUAUGGUAUCCUGGCUUUGUAUUCCUGUUGGGAGCUGGACUUUGCAUCAUUCCUAUUACUUUAUUGGGCAUCCUGAAACGUUUCUAUCCAGCAAAUUACAAUGAUCCUGAAGAACUCUUAUCAGAAAAUGGGACCGAGACGUCAGAAGAUGCUCCUGUAGCCUAAAAUCGCCCUGUGUUUACAGAGACUAUGAAUAUGUAAGAUUCAUUUCAUACCUAAUGUGGGUAUGAAUUUCGUGUUUGUGGGUACAGUAUUUAGUUACUGCCAGUGAAGUUUGUGAGUUUUUGCCAGAAUGCAAAUUUUUUUUUAAAGAAGGACUACUAAGGGAUUACAAAUGUAUAUUUCUAAUGAAAAAAAAUUUAAGAAAGGAAAUAAUAUUUUGCAAUAAUAAUUUGUGCAGAAACUACAUUCUUAUUUGUUACAGUGCUUCCAAAGCAGAAAAGAAGUGCAUUAAAGUUUUAGGUAACUUUACAACUUUAAAAUAUAUGUAAGCACUUCCAGGGUCCCUUUCAGCCUUGUCCGGGAUACCACCCCAAAGACAUUUAAGUAUUUAAAUAAUAUGUUACAUUACAUUAAUUCAUUGAGCAGACUUUUUUAUCUAAAGUAACUUACCAAAGAGCAAGCUUUUAAUAUUUUCAGACUUAAACUUCCUAUUUUGUACAAGUUUUGUAGAAUUACCAACAAGAAUUUGUAUUGGAGAAUACAUGUUACUGUGUGUGUUUGGGUUUAAUUUUAUUAGGGAUAAGGAUUAAGAAUACAAAGUCAUAUUAUAUGAAAAAUUAUUUAAAGUUGCCUUGUGAGCGCUGUUAUUAUAUAAAGUUUGGGGUGAUGUGCAAUAGUGUUUAUUUUUUAAAAGGUUGUGGCUCUCAUAUCUGCACAUAUUUGUGUCAUAAGCAAUUUAGCCACUUAUCUUUGACUUCCCAUAACUUGUGUGACAAAUACGAUCUGAUGACAUGUAUCCAUCUGUGUUAUCUUCUUCUUUUGUAACAUUUAUUUGAAUCAUUUGGAUCAUGUGGUGUAGUGAUGCGCACAAACAAAAGUCCAUGAAUCUGGUA